AUGGCCGCCCUCUUCGCUCUCGCCCCAGCCUCCUUCCUCCCGGGCUUCGCCGCCCGCGCCACCGUCACCACUCCGCGCGCCGGACCCGCCGUGGCCCACCUCGACAGCCUCUCCUCGCUCCUCUCGGCCGUCCCGUCCGGCUUUGAGUUUGCGGUGCCUCCGGCGCCGCCAAAGUUCUCGCACGCGCUGAUGGAGGCCGUGGGCGCGUACAUCCUGCUCUCGGGCGCCUGCACCUUUGCGCCCAUCCUCAAGCGCAAGCUGGGUGCGAAGGACCCAGCUCUCGCAGUGCUGGCCUCCGUUCCGUCCUCUCGCUUUGGAUGGUUGCAGGCAGACCUUCGGCGGCCGCUCCCGCCGCUCGAGGAGCUGACAAGCCACCCGAUCGGCGUGCGCGGCGGGCGGACGCUCUACCUCUGUCGCGCGUGCGAUGCGCUCCGCUUCUCCACAGUCGAGCGCUCGGCCGACUUUUCGGACUUUUACGGGGAGUCGGUUUACGUUUGCAGCGGGCUCGUCACCAAGGCGCAGGAGGCGUAG